CUGGAGCGUGAUUGGUCCAGAUUCACGAGCUUUUGUUCGCGUGCUGCACCUCUUGAGCUCGUGCUGUCAUGCACACCUGCGGAACACUCGCGCGCACCGCUAAUAUGCCAGUCUGUGUUUCACACUCAGGAGAAAAGAGAACAACUUGACCAGUUAGUCUGGAUAUAAAGAUAAGCCAACUCAGAAAAGCUUCCUCUGGAUGUGAUUUCAGACAUUAAAAGGUGUGCCAAACUGAAAGACAUGAAGACGGAUGAAGACGGUAAAGACAUGAGGGGAGUGACUGUUAACCGCUUUGCUGAAGAGGCUCCCUCCUCAGGGAUGGCUAAGAAUGGAUACUUCUAUCAAGAGAUGGAACAGAGGGAGAGAGAAGAACAUGAGGAGGGGAGCGAGGAGCGAGAGGAGGGCCAGGACUCUCCCAUCCCAUCAGGAGAUGACAUUCAUCUCUACGGCAACCAGACACACCAAGGAGGGACAGAAUCUGAUGUCCACGGCUGUGUGCUGCUUAACACGUCUCGAAGGUACGUGAAGCUAAUGAACUUUGAGGAGGAAGUGCGAGCUCACAGGGAUCUGGACGGGUUUCUGGAGAGGGCCAGUAUUCUGCUGCACGAGGACGAGGCCUCUCUAGACGAUGUGUUAAAGACAAUGCUCCGCCACGUCUCACAGGACCCUCACACCGCUGAGCCCAGCUGCAACUUUGAGGAGAUCAUGAGCUCCCUCUUCACAGACGCAGGGUCACAGGAAGUCAAUGACAGGUCGGCGAAUUUCAUUUUCUAUGACAACGUGCAUCUAUUGUCAGAGACGCUGCAGUGUGUGACGGCCACAGCCACGGGGAUCCAGUACCAGCAGUCUUGGCUUUGUAUCCUCUGUAAUGUGAAGAACCUGCAGAGGCGGCACGUGUGUAUCUCACGCCUGGAUCGUCCACAGAACUGGGGGGAAAACUGUGCAGAAGUCCGCUAUGUUAUCCUUAUUCUGGCACCUUCAAAGAUGAAAAGCACUAAGACGGCGAUGGAGCUGGGCAGGACGUUCGCCAGCAUGUUCUCGGACAUCUCUUUCAGACAGAAGCUGCUAGAGAGUAAAACCCAAGAGGAGUUCAAAGAGGCACUGCUCAUCCAGAGGUACCACUUGACCGCUGCCAAGCGUAAAACCACGGCUGUGGAGGGCGAAGAGACAGACCCACACAGUCAAAAACCACUGAAGUCUGCAGAAUCUGUGUUCUCUCAUCCUGUGUCUCUCUCUCUGCUGUGCAGGGGGCCCUGUUGUAGAGAUUUUUUCAGAGUGGGCAGAGGAAUCUAUGAGGAUCUGUGUCGCCGACUGCCACUCUACCCGUCUGACUUCACUGAUGGAUUAGUGGGUAAUAACAAAGCCCUGGUCAAGUUCAUGACGACGUCCAUCUUCCUCUACAUCGCUGUGCUGCUUCCCGCCAUUGCUUUUGGCUCACUCAACGACGAGAGCACUCGGGGCGAGAUUGACGUUCAGAAGACGAUCAUCGGGCAGAGUAUAGGUGGAAUCAUCUACUCAUUGUGUGCUGGCUCUCCUCUCGUCAUUCCACUGACCACAGCGCCCAUCGCUAUUUUCAUCAGCGUGAUUAGGGGGAUCUGUGAUGAUUAUGAGCUGGACUUUGCAGCAUUUUAUGCAUGUAUCGGCCUAUGGAACAGCCUCUUCCUCAUCAUGGGAGGAGUCUUCAACCUUAGCCUGCUUGUUAAGCUUUUCAAGAGGUCGAUAGAAGAGGUGAUAGCUUUGUUCAUUUCCAUUGCUUUUGUAGCAGAUGCAGUUAAGGGCACCGUCAAGAUCUUUCAUGAGUACUACCAUGCUCCCACUUUGGCCAAUGGGAGUGCGGCGGAGCUGAAUCGCAUCAGUGGAAGUUUACAUUUAGGGGAACUGAACCUGACAGAAACCGGGCCCGUGACUCUCCCAGAAUCCUUCAUUCUGUGCACGCGGGCACGGCCUCUUCUCUUUCUGCUCCUCAUGCUGGGCACACUGUGGGUGGGAUACACACUGUACCAGUUCAGGAGGAGUCCGUUUCUGCAUGUGAAGAUGAGAGAGAUUCUGUCCGACUGUGCUCUGCCUAUCUCAGUGCUUGUCUUCUCUUAUGUGGGAUCAUACGUCUUCAACGACAUUGCCUUGCCAGUGUUUAACUUCCAUGAAGGUCCGGUGUUUCAAAUAGCCCCACUGGAUAAGCUGAGCGGAGCGAGUGUUCUGAGCGCAAUGGGUCUGGGCUUCCUCCUGUUUCUCCUCAUCUUCAUCGACCAGAACAUCGUAGUUUCUCUCACAAAUGCGCCUGAAAACAGGUUACUGAAGGGCACGGCGUAUCACUGGGACCUGACUCUGUCUGGCUUGAUUAAUAUUUUGAUGUCUGUGCUGGGCUUGCCGUGGAUGCAUGCUGCGUUCCCGCACUCCACUCUGCACGUCAGACAGCUAGCCAUCGUGGAGGAAAGGGUGGAGGGAGGACACCUCUACGAGACUAUAGUGAGUGUGAAGGAGACGCGGGUGACCUCGCUCGUGGCUAACAUCCUGAUAGGUGUGAGCUUGUUUCUGCUGCCGGUGCCCCUGCAGUGGAUUCCUAAGCCUGUGCUCUAUGGGCUCUUCCUCCACAUCGCUCUCACAUCCAUUGACGGCAAUCAAAUGUGCGACCGCAUGGCUCUGCUACUCAAAGAACAAAGGUCCUACCCUCCCACUCACUACAUCCGCAAGGUGCCGCAGAGGAAGAUCCAUUACUUCACUUUCCUUCAGAUGGUGCAGCUGCUUUUUCUGUGUGCGUUUGGGAUGUACCCUCUCCCGUAUAUGAAGAUGAUCUUUCCUCUGCUAAUGUUUAUCCUCAUACCCAUCAGGAACUAUCUGCUGCCCAGGAUCAUCGAGGCUAAGUACCUGGACAUUAUGGAUGCACAGCGCAUGUAAAGGCAUGCACACUGAGCCUCUGAGCAAAGGACUCUGGGAAUUGUAUUUCUGAAAUGCAAAACUCUGGGAGGAAAAACAAACUGAUUCUAGUGUUUAACAGCAGACAUUCUGGUGAAGCACUGAAUGAGUAAGAGGGAGAUUAGAAAAGAAGGAUAUUUGAAGAUGCCUGUUCAAAACAGAGUAGAAUGACAGACCGCUGUCUGACUGUUUGACUAUUGACCUUGGUCAGUCACUGCUUCUCUCAUGAUCUAAAUAGUACACCAAAGCCCCCACCCCCUCUCUCUCUAGUCUAUUCUGAUGUAUCCAUGCAUCACAAACACUUGAUUUAUGAGACGUAGGAAACCAUCACGCGUAUUCUCGACAACUGUUCCAUGACUAAAUUACACAAGUAUUUACUCCAUCUCCGACCAUAGUGUUCUCAACACAAAUACAGCUGUUGAACAAGAGACUGACCUGAAUCUGUAGCAAUACCUCUUAAUGCUGAACGUUGACGCGCACACACACACCCAGUGCAAAACUUCUCAUACAUCAAGUAAAAAAGCUAAAGCUGUCGAUGGCAGAUUUUCCAGCUCAUUUUGGUACAUAUCAGUGCAAAUAAGUAAUAACGAAGUGAGCAUGGACCAAAAGAAUACACACAUUUUAGGAAACUGUGUCUCAUAGCAAUACAGCGGAUUAUUAGAGGCUAUCAAUAUUUUAGAGUUUUCUAAAGAGAGUUUUCUUUCGAGGUAAUAGACUUCUAGUUUGGAGACCCACUGAUGUGUAGAGAAUGUAUUCUAAGCGCUGGGGUUUCAGGGAAACGGAGAAAAACAAGCAGCAUUUCUGCGGACCUUACUCACUGCUGAAUGGACUCUGACAUUUAAGCUUUGCACAUCACAGGACACCACAUCUGUGUACUUUCCCCAGUCACACACACACAC